GUACGUCUCAGGUAGGCCUACUGUACAGCAGUGUAUUCAAGUAAAGUAAACUUACAAUCUUUCAGAUUUAUGUUUAUCAACGCUAAGAAUAGAACAAUGUGCUGCAUUUCUGGUAAUAAAAUCCUAUAUUUGUGAUCAGGAAGAAGCUUAGAAGAGUUAGAAGCAAAUCCUCCAUCCAUUUUUCACCAGUGAUUUUUAUUUGACUAUCACCGAAACAAUGUUUUGGGGUUAUAGCGCGUCAAUAGACUUUCAAAACGAGUUGGAUCACCGGGAAAAUGACGAUGAGCCUAUUAACAUUUUAAUUAUUGGUGGAAGUGACGCCAGGCAUGUUUUGGAAACAAUAUCGAAGUGUUAUCGACACAAACGACAAGUGAAAAUCAAUUUCUACAUUGCCGAGGUCCUGAUGGAGCUGAUCGCCCGUCAGAUGUUGCUCUUAUUGACAGCUUUUGAGCCGUCCGAAAAACUCGGGUUGAAAGAAAAAGUUCAUCUAUGGAUGGAGAUCUAUGGAAACACCCUGGUGAGGCCUAAUACUGCAAAAUAUAUUUCGGAAAAAGCUCAACAACUGAUAGAAACUGUAACUGAUUUUGAUUAUUUAAAGUUCAGAUUGCCAUUGGUGGAAUUGGAUUUGUUCAAAUAUAAAGAGAGGGACUUAUUGGAGAUUGUUUUCAAGUUUUGGAGCCAGGAGAAUGAUACCUAUAAUGUGGUUAAGCACUGGGAUAAUAGGCUGAGGAAAUCUAUGGGAGUAAGAUAUGAUUCAAGAAAGGGCGCCUAUGAUUGGGACUACAACAUGAAACUGAGUGAGAGACGUCAUGGGGAGAGAAUCAACGCGAGAGAGUACAGCAAAUGGAGAGAGACGGGAGUAGCGUUUACCUGGCUCGAAACAGAAAUGUCCGAGAAGAAUUUAACGCUGACCAAUGCCAUAUUCCAGCAUCAAGACCAAAUUCUACAUCAUGGAUUCUUGGGCGACCAGGUUUCAGCGCCAUACAUUGCGUUUGGUUUAGACUGUGAGGAUAAAGAAAUGCUGAAAACGCAAAAUGGCGUUCACUUGAAACGAUCAACCGACAUUAUGUUCAGGAAUCUUUCAAGGAUGUUUUGGGAGAUUGAGCAUCAGACGCCGUACUGUCAUGCCGAUGAGAAAGAUUCGCUGAAUUUGGGAUUGGUGGUUACAGAGUUAACUGAAACUAUCCAUACAUCCACAGAAUUUGAAAAACCAUCACAAAAAUCGAAAAAGGAUGAAGAUUUUUUGAAAAAAGAAGCUAAGGAACGCGACAACUACACAUCUCUUCCUUUGCCAAACUUCAAAGUAACAUUUUUCCCGCCUUCAGCCAUCACCGACCUCCCUCACAAACAAAAGUUCAACAACUUUUUCGACUUGAUUUGGAUUUCGCAAAAUGUGUUGAAAAAAGUUUCAGCCGAUUUGUUUACAAUGGUUAAGAAUGGAGCGAAAGUUCUAGUAGAGAAUAGAAACUAUGUUGUAUCUUUGUAUAAGGAGGAAUUCGCGAAAACACCAGCUGAAAUAGACUCUGUAAUGAAGUUGUGCUCCUGCGCACUAGUAGAACCUUUCGACUUGAACAAAGAUGGUUAUGCUAAGUAUAAAUAUCAAAAUAAAAGUGAUGGUGAUAAGUGCCUGGGAAAUGCUGAAGAACUGCAUGAGAUUCCCGAUGAAAGAGAUGAUGUUUCCAAAAAUAGUAUCGAUCAGAUUGUGAAGAAUGUUGAAAAUGAAGAAAAUUGAGGAUAAUUUAAAACAUGAUUUCAUAUUUAUACAACAAUUAAUAAAAAAAUAGUUUAUAAUAGAGACUUUCUAUCUGUAAUGGGUGGUUGAAUACUGAAAGGAACUGUAUUUUCUACUUGACUAGUUUUAUGGAUAAAAUAACCCAAGGUUUCAAUCAUGUUUUGCUCUUUGCAUCAUCAUCAUCAUCAUCAUCGAGCUUCAAAUAACUGAUGAUACCAUGAACACUGAAACUCAAGUUUUGUGUCAAUAAAACAACUCAAUUAGAAAAUUAGAAGUUGGAAUAGCAUAUUGUAUCAUUUAUUCAAUAUAGUGUAAUAUGAAUAGAAUAUCAUUUUUAUCCAAUUA